AGGAGGGGGCGUGGCCUCCUCCAGCGCGCGGCAUAUAAAUGGCGGUUCUUCCCGGUUCUUCCCAGCUCCCACUUGUUCUUCAUCAGGAGACAGACUGAGGCUCCUUCACUCUAAAACGUGAGGACUAUACUACAUCAGACAACAUGGUGAAGAUUGGAAUCAAUGGAUUCGGACGUAUCGGUCGCCUGGUGACUCGAGCCGCUGCCACUAGCGGCAAAGUGGAGGUGGUGGCGAUCAACGACCCCUUCAUUAACCUGGACUACAUGGUCUACAUGUUCAAGUACGACUCCACUCACGGCCCCUGGAAGCACGGGCAGGUGAAGGCCGAAGGCGGAAAGCUGGUCAUCGGAAAGAUGAGGAUCUCGGUUUUCCACGAGAGGGACCCGGCCAACAUCAAAUGGGGCGAGUCGGGCGUCGACUACGUCGUGGAGUCGACUGGCGUGUUCACCACCAUCGAGAAGGCGUCUUCUCACCUGAGAGGCGGAGCUAAGAGGGUGGUGAUCUCCGCCCCCAGCGCCGACGCUCCCAUGUUCGUCAUGGGCGUCAACCACGACAAGUACAACAACUCCAUGAAGGUUGUGAGCAACGCUUCCUGCACAACCAACUGCCUGGCUCCCCUCGCCAAGGUCAUCAACGACAACUUCGGCAUCGUCGAGGGUCUCAUGAGCACCGUGCACUCGGUCACCGCCACCCAGAAGACCGUGGACGGCCCCUCUGGUAAGAUGUGGCGCGAUGGACGCGGCGCCUCCCAGAACAUCAUCCCCGCCUCCACCGGCGCCGCCAAGGCCGUCGCCAAGGUCGUCCCCGAGCUGAACGGUAAACUGACCGGCAUGGCUUUCCGUGUCCCCACCCCCAACGUGUCCGUCGUUGACCUGACCGUCCGUCUGCAGAAGCCUGCCAAGUACGACGACAUCAAGAAGGUCAUCAAGGCCGCCUCCGAGGGACCCAUGAGGGGAAUUCUGGGAUACACCGAGGACCAGGUCGUGUCCACAGACUUCAACGGAGACACUCACUCCUCCAUCUUUGACGCCGGCGCCGGCAUCGCCCUCAACGACAACUUUGUCAAACUGGUUUCAUGGUACGACAAUGAGUUCGGCUACAGCAACCGUGUGUGCGACCUGGUCCAGCACAUGUUCACCAAGGAGUAAAGAGCCGCGACCUCCAGCUCAUGAUUCCCUUCACCUUCAGCUGGAUGCUGCACCGUCCACCCCGGGAGCAAACUACUUCUACAGACGUAUAUAAAAAUAUAAUUUUUAUAUGAUGAAGUCACCGCUGUUCUGUUCAGCAGUGGGAGGUUGUACAGUUAUUUUCCAUCACUGAGCUGUAUUAUACUGACUGCUCUCCAAACUGUGGCUGAUUUGCACUUGACAUGACAAUAAAAAUCCACAGUUUGUGGGAAAACGUGCAAUUUUUAUGACAUCUAUUGCACUUACUAUACAAAAA